AUGGCCGGAGGCAAGGGCAAGUCUUCUGGAGGCAAGAGCUCCGGCGGUAAGACGAGCGCCGAGGGAGCCAAGAAGCAGCAGAGCCACUCGGCCAGAGCUGGUCUUCAGUUCCCCUGCGGUCGUGUGAAGCGUUUCCUCAAGCAAAACACUCAAAACAAGAUGCGAGUCGGCGCCAAAGCCGCUGUCUACGUCACCGCUGUCCUCGAGUACCUGACUGCCGAAGUCCUGGAGCUGGCAGGCAACGCAGCCAAGGACCUCAAGGUGAAGCGCAUCACCCCUCGCCAUCUCCAGCUGGCCAUCCGAGGUGACGAAGAGCUCGAUACCCUCAUCCGUGCCACCAUCGCCUUUGGUGGUGUCCUGCCUCACAUCAACCGCGCCCUCCUCCUCAAGGUCGAGCAGAAGAAGAAGGCCAAGGCCUUGGAGGCCUAA